UCACUUAAUACUACAAGUUCUCUUCUUUUGCUCAUGUGAAGCUAGCGAUAAAGAUACGGCCUUUUUUCGUUACUUGAUUCACGGGUUACAAGCCGCUUCAUGCGGUUUCCGGUUUUUCCCUCGGCAAACAUUGUACUUUUUCUCCCUUUUUUUCAGUUCUUGUGAUCUGCAACCGCCGCGCUUUUUUUCAGCAAGCCUCACUAAUUACUUCUACUAAUUAUUGAUUAGAAGAGAACAUCCCGGUGGAGGAGGUCUUCCAGAGUCUCAAAUGCACCAAGCAAGGCCUCUCCAUCGAGGAGGCAGAGGAGCGCAUCGCCGUCUUCGGACCCAACAAGCUCGAGGAGAAGAAGGAGAGCAAGCUGCUCAAGUUCUUAGGGUUCAUGUGGAACCCGCUGUCGUGGGUGAUGGAGGCAGCGGCGAUCAUGGCCAUCGCGCUAGCCAUGCCGCCGCCGCCGGACUGGCAGGACUUCAUCGGCAUCGUGGCGCUGCUGCUGAUCAACUCCGGCAUCUCCUACUGGGAGGAGAGCAACGCCGGCAGCGCGGCCGAGGCGCUCAUGGCCAACCUCGCGCCCAAGACCAAGGUGCUCCGCGACGGCCGAUGGAGCGAGAAGGACGCGGCGGUGCUCGUCCCCGGCGACGUCAUCAGCAUCAAGCUCGGCGACAUCGUCCCGGCCGACGCGCGCCUACUCGAGGGCGACCCGCUCAAGAUCGACCAGUCGGCGCUCACCGGCGAGUCGCUGCCGGUCACCAAGAACCCUGGCGACAGCGUCUACUCGGGCUCCACCUGCAAGCAGGGCGAGAUCGAUGCCGUCGUCAUCGCCACCGGCGUUCACACCUUCUUCGGUAAGGCGGCACACCUCGUCGACAGCACCAACCAGGUCGGCCACUUCCAGAAGGUGCUCAAGGCCAUCGGCAACUUCUGCAUCGCCGCCAUCACCGUCGGCAUUGUCGUCGAGAUCAUCGUCAUGUACCUCGUCCAACACCGCCGGUACCGCGAAGGCAUCGAUAACCUCCUGGUGCUCCUCAUCGGCGGCAUCCCCAUCGCGAUGCCCACCGUGCUCUCCGUCACCAUGGCCAUCGGCUCGCACCGGCUGUCGCUGCAGGGCGCCAUCACCAAGCGCAUGACCGCCAUCGAGGAGAUGGCUGGCAUGGACGUGCUCUGCAGCGACAAGACGGGCACGCUCACCCUCAACAAGCUCAACGUCGACCCCGACCUCAUCGAGAUCUUCGUCAAGGGCAUCAACAACGAUGACGUCCUCCUGCUCGCCGCCAGGGCCUCGAGGAUCGAGAACCAGGACGCCAUCGACGCCGCCAUGGUCGGCAGGCUCGCGGACCCCACGGAGGCCAGGGCCGGCAUCAAGGAGGUGCACUUCCUCCCCUUCAACCCCGUCGACAAGCGCACCGCCCUCACCUACACCAACCUCGACGACGGCAGCUGGCACCGCGUCAGCAAGGGCGCCCCCGAGCAGAUCCUGACCCUGUGCAACUGCGGACAGGAUGUGAAGAAGAAGGUGCACGCCGUGAUCGACAAGUACGCCGAGCGCGGCCUGCGAUCUCUCGCAGUCGCCAGACAGGAGGUACCGGAGAAGAGCAAGGACAGCCCCGGCGAUCCAUGGCAGUUCGUCGCCCUGCUUCCCCUCUUCGACCCGCCGAGGCAUGACAGCGCCGAGACCAUCAAGAAGGCGCUCAACCUCGGCGUCAAUGUCAAGAUGAUCACUGGUGAUCAACUUGCCAUUGCUAAGGAGACCGGCAGGAGGCUCGGGAUGGGCACGAACAUGUACCCCUCGUCGGCGCUGCUCGGGCAGUGCAAAGAUGAAUCCAUUGCCUCCAUGCCUGUGGACGAUUUGAUCGAGAAGGCCGACGGCUUUGCCGGCGUCUUCCCCGAGCACAAGUACGAGAUCGUAAAAAGACUGCAGGAGAGGAAGCACAUCUGCGGGAUGACCGGAGACGGCGUGAACGACGCGCCCGCGCUGAAGAAGGCGGACAUCGGGAUCGCCGUUGCAGACGCGACCGACGCGGCCAGGAGCGCAUCAGACAUUGUGCUGACUGAACCCGGGCUCAGCGUGAUCAUCAGCGCCGUGCUCACUAGCCGGUCUAUCUUCCAGAGGAUGAAGAACUACACUAUUUACGCGGUGUCUAUAACAAUUCGUAUCGUGCUCGGGUUCAUGCUGAUCGCGCUGAUCUGGAAGUUUGAUUUCUCACCGUUCAUGAUCCUUGUCAUAGCCAUCCUCAACGACGGCACGAUCAUGACGAUCUCCAAGGACCGGGUGAAGCCAUCCCCGCACCCGGACAGCUGGAAGCUCAACGAGAUCUUCUUCACCGGCAUCGUCUACGGGUCCUACCUCGCCGUCAUGACCGUCAUCUUCUUCUGGGCCAUGCGGAGCACCGACUUCUUCUCGAGCAUGUUCCACGUGAGGCCGCUGCACGGCAGCCGGGAUGAGAUGAUGUCGGCGCUGUACCUGCAGGUGAGCAUCAUCAGCCAGGCGCUCAUCUUCGUGACGCGUUCCCGCGGCUUGUGCUUCGUCGAGCGCCCCGGGUUCCUCCUCUGCCUCUCUUUCGUCCUCGCACAGAUCAUUGCCACUCUUCUCGCGGUGUACGCCAACUUCGGGUUCGCGCACAUCCGUGGCGUCGGGUGGGGCUGGGCGGGCGUGAUCUGGCUGUACAGCGUCGUCACCUUCCUGCCCCUCGACGUGUUCAAGUUCGGCAUCCGAUACGCGCUGAGCGGGAAGGCGUGGGACACGCUGUUCGAGCACAAGAUCGCGUUCACGAGCAAGAAGGACUACGGCCGGGAGGAGCGGGAGGCGCAGUGGGCGUCGGCGCAGAGGACGCUGCACGGCCUGCAGACGCCGGAGCUGGCGGGCAUCCUCAACGAGCGCAGCAGCUACAGGGAGCUCUCGGAGAUCACCGAGCAGGCCAAGCGCCGCGCCGAGGUCGCAAGGCUGCGGGAGCUGAGCACGCUCAAGGGGCAGAUGGAGUCGGUGGUGAAGCUCAAGGGCCUCGACAUUGAAGGCAUCCAGCAGCACUACACCGUAUGAUUGACUAACCGGACCCGACGGACGCCACCGCUCCGUGCCCGUUGCGAAUUUUCAGCGGCGGCGCCAAGCGGAUCGACGUUGUCGCCGCCUGUAACUGAAUUCACAAUGUCCGUCCGUCUCCAUCCUAGGUGGCGUGUAAGCUUUGUUUUUUAUAUUAUUUUUGGUUAACCACUACAGUUUCCAUUACCAUUUGGGAGGUGCAAACUAGCAUGCCUCUUUGCCACAGCGUGUAGUAU